GAAAGGGGGGGCUGUUGUAAGAGGAACUAAGGCUGGGAGCCUGGUGAAGGAGAAGCAGGGCCAUGCCUGAACCACCCCCCGGAACCCCCUGAGCCUGCACCCCUGCCACAACCCAUUCAAGCACCCCCUGGGACCCAGAUACCACCCCCACCAUGGGCAGCAAGGAGCGCUUCCACUGGCAGAGCCACAACGUGAAGCAGAGCGGUGUGGACGACAUGGUGCUGCUGCCGCAGAUCUCCGAGGACGCCAUCGUGAACAACCUCCGAAAGCGCUUCAUGGAUGACUACAUCUUCACCUACAUUGGCUCCGUGCUCAUCUCUGUAAAUCCCUUCAAGCAGAUGCCCUACUUCACCGAUCGUGAGAUCGACCUCUACCAGGGCGCGGCCCAGUACGAGAAUCCCCCACAUAUCUAUGCCCUCACCGACAACAUGUAUCGGAACAUGCUCAUCGACUGUGAAAACCAGUGUGUCAUCAUCAGCGGAGAAAGUGGAGCUGGGAAGACAGUGGCAGCCAAAUACAUCAUGGGCUAUAUCUCCAAAGUGUCUGGCGGGGGCGAGAAGGUCCAGCACGUGAAGGACAUCAUCCUGCAGUCCAACCCGCUGCUCGAGGCCUUCGGCAACGCCAAGACCGUGCGCAACAACAACUCCAGUCGCUUUGGCAAGUACUUUGAGAUUCAGUUCAGCCGUGGCGGGGAGCCAGAUGGGGGCAAGAUCUCCAACUUCCUGCUGGAGAAGUCCCGCGUGGUCAUGCAGAAUGAAAAUGAGAGGAACUUCCACAUCUACUACCAGCUGCUGGAAGGAGCCUCCCAGGAGCAGCGGCAGAACCUGGGGCUCAUGACCCCCGACUACUAUUACUACCUCAGCCAAUCAGACACCUACAAGGUGGACGGCACGGACGACAGGAGCGACUUCAGUGAGACUGUGAGCGCCAUGCAGGUCAUCGGCAUCCCACCCAACGUCCAGCAGCUGGUCCUGCAGCUCGUGGCGGGGAUCUUGCACUUGGGAAACAUCAGCUUCUGUGAAGAUGGGAAUUACGCCAGGGUGGAGAGCGUGGACCUCCUGGCCUUCCCUGCCUACCUGCUGGGCAUCGACAGUGGGCGGCUACAAGAGAAGCUGACCAGCCGCAAGAUGGACAGCCGCUGGGGUGGGCGCAGCGAGUCCAUCGAUGUGACCCUGAACGUGGAACAGGCAACCUACACCCGCGAUGCUCUAGCCAAGGGGCUGUACUCCCGUCUCUUUGACUUCCUCGUGGAGGCCAUCAACCGAGCCAUGCAGAAGCCCCAGGAGGAGUACAGCAUCGGCGUGCUGGACAUCUACGGCUUCGAGAUCUUCCAGAAAAACGGCUUUGAGCAAUUCUGCAUCAACUUCGUCAAUGAGAAGCUACAGCAGAUCUUCAUCGAACUCACCCUGAAGGCCGAGCAGGAGGAGUACGUCCAGGAGGGCAUCCGCUGGACCCCCAUCGAGUACUUCAACAACAAGAUCGUCUGCGACCUCAUUGAAAACAAGCUGAGCCCCCCGGGCAUCAUGAGUGUCCUGGACGACGUGUGCGCCACCAUGCACGCCACGGGUGGGGGCGCCGACCAGACGCUGCUGCAGAAGCUGCAGGGGGCCGUGGGCACCCACGAGCACUUCAACAGCUGGAGCUCCGGCUUCGUCAUCCACCACUACGCUGGCAAGGUCUCCUAUGACGUCAGCGGUUUUUGUGAGAGGAACCGAGAUGUUCUCUUCUCCGACCUCAUAGAGCUGAUGCAGACCAGUGAGCAAGCCUUUCUCCGGAUGCUCUUCCCCGAGAAGCUGGAUGUAGACAAGAAGGGCCGCCCCAGCACCGCUGGCUCCAAGAUCAAGAAACAAGCCAAUGACCUGGUGACCACACUGAAGAAGUGCACGCCCCACUAUAUCCGCUGCAUCAAACCCAACGAGACCAAGAAGCCCCGUGACUGGGAGGAGAGCAGGGUCAAGCACCAGGUUGAGUACCUGGGCCUGAAGGAGAACAUCAGGGUGCGCAGGGCAGGCUUUGCCUAUCGCCGCCAGUUCGCCAAGUUCCUGCAGAGGUACGCCAUUCUGACCCCCGAGACGUGGCCACGGUGGCGCGGGGACGAGCGUCAGGGGGUGCAGCACCUGCUGCGUGCAGUCAACAUGGAGCAGGACCAGUACCAGAUGGGGAGCACCAAGGUCUUCGUCAAGAACCCUGAGUCACUCUUCCUUCUAGAAGAGAUGAGAGAGCGCAAGUUUGAUGGCUUCGCCCGCACCAUCCAGAAGGCCUGGCGGCGCCAUGUGGCAAUCCGGAAGUAUGAGGAGAUGCGAGAGGAAGCUUCCAACAUCCUGCUGAACAAGAAGGAGCGGAGACGAAACAGCAUCAAUCGGAACUUCGUGGGAGACUACUUAGGGCUGGAGGAGCGGCCAGAGCUGCGUCAGUUCCUGGGCAAGAGGGAGCGUGUGGACUUCGCUGACUCGGUCACCAAGUACGACCGCCGCUUCAAGCCCAUCAAGAGGGACCUGAUUCUGACGCCCAGAUGUGUGUAUGUGAUCGGGCGGGAGAAAGUGAAGAAGGGGCCCGAGAAGGGCCAGGUGCGUGAGGUCCUGAAGAAGAAGCUGGAGAUCCAGGCCCUACGGGGCGUCUCUCUCAGCACGCGGCAAGACGACUUCUUCAUCCUCCAAGAGGAAGCGGCCGACAGCUUCCUGGAAAGCGUCUUCAAGACGGAAUUUGUCAGCCUCCUGUGCAAGCGCUUCGAAGAGACGGCACGGAGGCCCCUGCCCCUCACCUUCAGCGACACACUACAGUUCCGGGUGAAGAAGGAGGGCUGGGGCGGAGGCGGCACCCGCAGCGUCACUUUCUCGCGUGGCUCCGGCGACGUGGCGGUGCUCAAAGCGAGCAGCCGGGCCCUCACAGUCAGCGUGGGUGAUGGGCUGCCCAAGAGCUCCAAACCCACACGGAAAGGAAUGGCCCAGGGGAAAAAACCUCGGAGAUCGGCCCAGACCCCUUCUCGGGCCGCCCCCGGACCCUCCAGGGGCAUGGACCGAAACGGGGUACCCCCCUCUGCCAGAGGAGGCCCUCUGCCCAUGGAGAUCACAUCUAGAGGGGGCUCUCAGCGGCCUCCCCAAGGCCCUCCACUCUCAACCCAGAGGUCCAGCAGACGCCACCAGGCACGGCCCCCCUCUGAGCGCAACACAGAAUUCCUCAAUGUGCCUGAUGGGGGCGUAGCCGGCAUGCAGAGGAAGCGCAGCGUGGGGCAGCGGCCGGUGCCUGGGGUGGGCCGACCCAAGCCCCAGCCACGGACACAUGGCCCGCGGUGCCGGGCACUGUAUCAGUACGUGGGCCAGGACGUGGAUGAGCUGAGCUUCAACGUGAAUGAGGUCAUCGAGAUCCUCAUGGAAGAUGCCUCGGGCUGGUGGAAAGGCCGGCUGCAUGGCCAGGAGGGCCUCUUCCCUGGAAACUAUGUGGAGAAGAUCUGAGUGGGGGGCCCAGGAUUCUGUCCUUCCGCCUGCCAGGGAGCCGGGCCCUGCUGGCAGGGGGUCUGGUGUCUCUUAGCUGCGUUAGCCAGAAGGUCCAGUUCUGUGGCCUCCAGCCCAGCCCAGGCUCGGGGGGGGUCUGAGGCUCAUCACUGCAGCCCCCUCUGGGCCCCGGCCUCCCCCGUGUCACUCAAUAGGACUAGCAGCAGAGCCUACCUUCCAGCUGCCUUGUGAGUAUGAAAUGAGUCGUAUCCUAGCAGCAAGGCGUGGGGAAAGUGGGAAGGCCUUCACAAGUGUGACCUCCCUCCCUCUCCACUGGGGCAAUAAACGUUUGCCGGGUAGAAGUGUAAACAGACUGAGCGCCAAACUUCUUGGACACCUGUGACACAGGAGCAGCAAACGCCCCAUUUUACAGGUGUACACAUGAAGGCUCAGAGGUUAAGUCACGUGCCCAAGAUUCCAUAGAACCAAGCCUUAAAACGUUUGAGCUGUCCACUUGCCAGCUGCCAAAAGUUGUAUCCCAGCUUUCCUUCAAAAAAAAAUAUAUAGUCUGGCUGGUUCUGUCAGAUCUGAAUCUGCAGUCCCCAAACCCAUCUAGGACCUGACUGGACCCUGAGGGAGGAGAGAGGCCCUGCACAGCCCUCCACAGUCUACCCUGGGCCUCCCCUGGUCCCUACCCCCACCCCAUGUGUGUGCCUUCUUAGCCUCAUUUGCCGGGGUCUGGAAGGUUCUGACAUUUCAGGGCCCUGACUUUCUGCGCUUACGGUCACAGGUGAAGGGGUCCUCUGGCAGCUGGUCUCCCCAGCUGUCUGCAAACCCAUGCUAAAAUCCGAGCCUUUGAGAUCCUUACAAGGGCAACUGGAACCAGCUGGGCGUUCUGCCGUGGUCUCAGCAUCCUGGCUUUCUAGACAGAUACCUCCUCUGUGCUCAGCCCCUCAACGAGCAGCCAGUCUGGGAGACUGGUGGGGUCAGGACUGAGCCAGAGGAGGGACAGGGGCUGACUAGCCAGCCGACCCUUUUGCAGGGUCUGUACCCUCUCUCUUCUGCACCGACCUGGAAAAGCUGAGUGUGGCUGG